AAGUUAAAAAUUAUAAAAAUACAAAAUCAACAAGUCUCAAGUUUGGCAAAUACGAAUCGCUAACACCAUAAACCAUGCCGCACAGCAAUUCUAGUAUACCAACAACGCCUACGAUAGCAGCAACGCCUACAGAAAUAUCUUGGAGAAGUUCCAGAAAGAAAUCAAGUACAUUGCCUGAUAGAAAUGAUUUCCUCAAUACAAAUGAAAGUGUACUUGGAACAAAUUCAAACAAAUCAACAAAAGAGAAAAAAUUUUCAUAUUUUCAGUUAUUUAAGUAUUCCACGUCUUUUGAACGUCUGUUAGUAGUACUCGGCAUAAUAUUAGCAUCACUCGCUUCAAUAGGCAUACCUUACUCCAUAGUAAUAUAUGGAGAAUUCACAUCAUUACUAAUAGAUCGUUCAGUUGGAAUUGGCACAUCCUCCACAACAUUUAUUCUACAACUCUUUGGAGGCGGACAAAAAUUAACAAAUGCUACCAGAGAAGAAAACUUACAGGCCAUCAGAGAUGAUGCUUUAGCUUUUGGUAUUGGAAGUUUAGUAGGUGCUUUUGCGGAAUGGUUGCUUAUAGCUAUUGCAGUGGAUCUAUUAAAUCGUGUUGCUCUGAAACAGAUCGGUAGAAUAAGAAAACUAUUUUUAGAAGCAAUACUACGUCAAGAUAUGUCUUGGUAUGACACAAGUUCUGGAAAUAAUUUUGCAAGUAAAAUGACAGAAGAUCUUGAUAAAAUGAAAGAAGGCAUGGGCGAGAAGAUCGGUAUUUUUACUUUCCUAAUUAUGACUUUUAUUACGGGAAUUAUCGCCUCCUUCUUCUAUGGUUGGAAAUUGACUUUAGUUGUCAUUACUUGCUGUCCAUUCAUUAUUAUUUCUACAGCUAUGGUAGCUAAAAUACAGAGUUCUCUCACUCAAAAGGAAUUAAAAGCAUAUUCUGCAGCUGGAGCUGUGGCUGAGGAAGUAUUUUCUGGCAUUCGCACUGUACUCGCCUUUAGUGGUGAACGUAAAGAAACUGAACGAUUUAAUAAGCUACUUUCACCUGCCGAGAAUACAGGGCGGAAAAAGGGUCUUUACUCUGGAAUAGGUGCAGGAACUAUGUGGUUUAUUAUUUAUUGCUGUUACGCAAUUGCGAUGUGGUAUGGUGUGAAACUGAUACUUGCUGAACGAGAUGCAGAAGUUAGAUACUACACUCCGGCUGUUUUAGUUAUUGUGCUUUUUGGUAUAAUAAUGGGCGCACAAAAUUUAGGUUUCGCUUCACCACAUGUAGAGGCAUUCGGUACUGCUAAAGGUGCUGCACAAAGCGUUUUCUCAAUUAUAGAACGCAAAUCGGCAAUAGAUUCACUAGACGACAAAGGCUUAACACCUACAAAUAUUGUUGGAAAUAUUUCUUUUGAACAACUUCAUUUUCGUUAUCCAGCACGUGAAGAUGUAGAAAUACUAAAAGGUUUUACAUUAAAUAUUAAAGCUGGUCAAACUGUAGCUUUAGUUGGUGCAUCAGGUUGUGGUAAGUCCACAACACUGCAAUUAAUGCAACGUUUCUAUGAUCCUCUGAAUGGAAUGGUUAGAUUAGAUGGUAAAAAUAUAAAAGAUCUAAAUGUUGCGUGGCUUCGUUCUCAAAUUGGUGUGGUUGGACAAGAGCCUGUCUUAUUUGCUACUACGAUUGAAGAGAAUAUUCGUUAUGGUAACCCAUCAGCAAGUGUCGAAGAUAUACAGAAAGCUGCACGUAUGGCAAAUUGUCAUGACUUUAUAAGUAAGUUACCAAAGGGUUAUGAUACAAUGGUAGGAGAGAGAGGUGCUCAAAUGUCUGGUGGACAAAAACAACGUAUUGCUAUUGCACGUGCUCUUGUACGAAAUCCUAGAAUCUUACUUCUAGAUGAAGCCACUUCUGCUCUAGAUCCCACAGCUGAAAAACGAGUGCAAGAUGCAUUAGAAACUGCUAGUAAGGGACGAACUACAUUAGUAGUAUCACAUCGUUUAUCUACAGUAACUAAUGCCGAUCUGAUUGUAUUUGUUAAGGAUGGCGCAGUUGUAGAACAGGGAACACAUGAAGAACUAAUGGAGAAAAAGGGAUAUUACUUUCAACUUGUAAAUAUAACUAAACGGAAAGAGGAAUUAGAAGCUGACACAAGUGGUACAAAUUUGAUACAUUCAAGUUCUGCAAAACAAUUAGUCACUGGGGAAGAUUCUGAUACUGAUGAUAGUUUGGAUGAAGAGUUGGCACAAGAUGUUACAUCUAAAGAAAGAAAGAAAUCAAAUCGAAAGAAGAAGCAGAAAGAAAAAUAUAAAGUGUCCUUUAAACAACUUAUGAAACUGAAUGCUCCCGAAUGGCGCUUCAUACUAGCUGGAUGCAUUGCAGCAAUGUUACACGGAGCAACUUUUCCAAUUUGGGCUGUACUUUUCGGUGACUUCUUUGGGGUUAUGUCCGACGAAGAUGCGGAUUAUGUACAAUCCCAAGCUAAUCUAUUCUCAUAUCUCUUCAUUGUGAUUGGUGUGAUUGCUGGUUUGGGUACAUUAACUCAAAGUUAUAUGUUCAAUACGGCUGGAGUAAAGAUGACAACUCGAUUACGUCAAACGGCCUUCAAGACAAUUAUAAGUCAAGAAGUAGCGUACUUUGAUGAUGAAAAGAAUUCUGUAGGUGCAUUGUGUGCUCGAUUAGCUGGUGAUUGCUCAAAUGUGCAAGGAGCUACUGGAGCAAGAGUUGGAAUGAUUGUACAGGCACUAUCAACGCUCAUUGUUGGAAUUAUUGUAGCUUUUAUUUUCUCAUGGAACUUAACAUUGGUUACAUUGGUUACCGUACCCUUCGUUUGCUUAUCAAUCUUUUUCGAGGCACGCUUUAUGGAAUCAAGUGCACUUGCUGAAAAACUCGCCAUCGAAGAUGCUUCACAAGUGGCAGUGGAAGCUAUUUCGAAUAUACGUACUGUAGCAAGCUUAGGACUGGAAAAAAAUGUACUGAGUCGUUACAAUGAACAAAUCGAUCAUGUUGAUAUUGCUUGCCGUAAGAAGGUAAGGUUUCGAGGAACGGUUUUCGGCAUGGGUCAAGCAUCACCAUUCUUAGCAUAUGGAGUAUCAUUAUAUUAUGGCGGAUUACUAGUUGCAAAUGAAGGCUUACAAUACGAAAACAUAAUAAAAGUGUCAGAAGCUUUAAUAUUCGGUUCAUGGAUGUUGGGACAAGCCUUAGCUUAUGCACCAAAUGUGAGUGCAGCUAUACUAUCUGCUGGAAGACUGUUGAAAUUAUUUAACAGAGCUCCGGCAAUACAAAGUGUGCAAGAUGAUCCUUACAAUACAGUUGAAAAAACAGAUGGUGACAUUACGUAUGAACAAGUCGACUUUCAAUAUCCAACAAGAAAAGGCAUACAAAUCUUACAAAAUCUCAACCUAGAUAUUAAACGUGGAACCACAGUAGCAUUGGUAGGACCUUCUGGAUCUGGUAAAUCGACUUGCGUACAACUUUUACUUCGUUAUUAUGAUCCAAAUAGUGGUUCAAUCAAUAUAAGUGGUAUACCAACUACAGAAUUUUCAAUGGAUACUUUGCGUUCAAGCUUAGGUCUAGUAUCACAAGAACCUGUAUUAUUCGAUCGAACAAUUGCAGAAAAUAUUGCUUAUGGAAAUAACUUCCGUGAUGAUAUUCCUAUGGCUGAGAUAAUGGAAGCUGCUAAGAAAGCAAAUAUUCAUAACUUUAUUGUUUCCUUACCUCAAGGUUAUAGUACUUCCUUAGGUAACAAAGGCACACAAUUAUCUGGUGGUCAAAAGCAACGUAUAGCUAUUGCAAGAGCUAUGGUAAGAAAUCCAAAAAUACUUAUUUUGGAUGAAGCCACAUCUGCUUUAGAUUUGGAGAGUGAAAAAGUGGUUCAGGAAGCUUUGGAUGCUGCACGCAGUGGUAGAACUUGUAUUACUAUAGCCCAUCGUCUAACAACAGUACGAGAUGCAAACUUAAUAUAUGUUUUAAAGAAAGGUCUUGUAGUAGAAAAGGGAACACAUGAUGAAUUAAUGGCAAGAAAUGGCAUUUAUGCUGAACUUUAUAUGAUGCAACAAGUCUCAUAGUUUAAUUAUAUAAAAUAAUAAUUUUAUAUUCUCACAAAUUA